AUGUCGUCAAUCGUGACAGGUAUUUUAAGUUCAACAGUGGGCUUGCUAUGGAAUAAGGUUCGCGACUCGACUGCGGCUAAACUGAAGGAGGGCGAUGUUACAGAUGCAAAAAUUCGCGAAAUAGUCGUGACAGAAAUGAACGACAUCAAGACGAAGCUUGAUUGUCUUUCACGAAAAGAGCUUCUCACCAGCUACGUUUUCCUACAAGAAGGCGUAGAUUUUCUGAAUGCUUCUCUCAACAAAUCACGAGGUAAACGCGGUGAAACAUCAGGAAUGCCGAGCAGUAUUCAGUCUGGGAUCUUGAACGAAACCAUAGAACUUUCUCACGCUGUGGGAAAGAUGAAAAUCUGUUCAGACACAGAUUUUGAAGUCGCUAAGAAAAGAUUCGAAAAUGCGCGUAGGAAAGCAGCUGAAGCUUUCGUUAAUGACGCGCUGAGUACUGAAGACCGAAUCUUCGCUGCGAAACUCCGUGUUGUUUCAGAAAUACUGGAACAUCUCGAAAGUCCAGAAACCGCGAUCACAGGGUGUCUGUCGUUUCUUCAACGUCUACAUGACUUACCAGCUAUCCGCGAGAUGUUCUCCGUGCAUGUCAGUCGUGGUGUCCUCUCGAGGCUAAACAAGGCGGAACGAGUAAAGAACGUGAAAUCUGUCAUGUUUAUCAACUAUGUUUUGUUUCAGUUUAAUUUCAAAUUUAGUCGCAAACUUGCUCACAGGUUAACAUGGCCUGGCACAGGAAUUGAACUUGGUGAUCGCAGUUUCAACCCAAUAUUAGAUUGGCGCGAAAUUUCGUCAAGAAAGUCUUGGGGUGAAAAAUUAAUUCUACCUUGCAAUGAACUGGUUGUCGAUAAAGAAAUAGAUUUGUUUUUAUCUGCUGUAAACAGCCAUGGGGAUAUGAUUUUUGGAGAGGUUUUGGAAGACAAAAUCAAAGUUAUUUGCAAAACAGGUAAAAACAAGGUGGUUGGAUUACCUGGACCCAGAGAGGGUAAAUUGAUCGACCAAGGUACUGCAGGACUUGCAGUUGAUAACAAUAAUAACAUUCACGUGGUGAAAAGGCUUGAAAUACGUACGGGAAAUGGUGAUGUGAAAAGACUUUGCGCGUUGAAUGUAUUGGAUAACAAUUACAAAGUUACACACGACUGCGCAUUAGACUUUCUUGGCGAAGCAACUGUAUUGGACUGGGUAAAUGUCGCUAUAAACAAGAACAAUAAUAUCAUCUUGAUCAAACACGCUGAUCCCAAUGUGUAUGUCUGCGACAACACUGGCCAUUUAAAACGCAAGUUUAAACGAGACUCAUGUCGGAUACCCAGCUUGAGCAUUUCUGAGCAGAAUCAAAUCAUCACACCAUCAGACGAUCACAAGGCAGUGUACAUGUUCACCGAGAAAGGAAAUCUACAGUCGACAAUGAAACUACCAGAAGGUCACUGGUUCCGUGGGGUAGCAUUUCAUCACGUUAUUGGUAAAAUAGCUGUCUUAUCCUAUGUCAAACAAAAAAAUUCCUAUUUCCUUCUCUGUUACUCUGAGACAGGUGAACUGGAUACCUCAACGUUCUUUAAUAUGGGUACUACUAGUAGUGAAGAGUACGACUCAUACAUGACAUCUCAUCCAAGUGGUCCUGUUGUUGUUGUAGGAAAGAAAAGCAUCACAUUUAUUUAA